CCAAGGGCUCCAUUGAUGGCGGAGAACCUGGCACCUGAUCACUGGGAGAGGUACACUCAGCUGCUGAGGAGCUGGCAGCAGACAUUCAAGGAGGAACUGAAGGGCCUACAGAGGCACUACAACCACUCAGGGCUUCACACUUACCAGAGAAUGAUUGGCUGUGAGUUGCUGGAAGAUGACGGACAAUUCAUCGUCUUCAAUAAAGACACCCUCUCCUGGGUGGCUGUAGAUAAUGUAGCUCAAAUCACCAAGCGGACAUGGGAGGCCAACCUGCAUGAGUUGCAAUACCAAAAGAACUGGGUGGAAAAGGAAUGCAUUGCCUGGCUCAAGAGGUUCUUGGAGUACGGAAAAGAUACCCUAGAAAGGACAGAACCUCCGGUGGUAAGAACAAGUCGAAAGGAAACGUUUCCGGGGAUUACAACUCUCUUCUGCCGAGCUCAUGGCUUCUACCCACCAGAAAUUUUCAUGACGUGAAUGAAAAAUGGGGAAGAAAUUGCCCAAGAAGUGGAUCAUGGAGGCGUGCUUCCCAGUGGAGAUGGAACCUAUCAAACGUGGGUGUCGGUUGAUCUGAAUCCUCAGAGCAAAGACGUUUAUUUUUGUCAUGUGGAGCACUGUGGCCUCCAAAUGGUUUUUGAGGCUCCUCAGGAAUCAGAAAUCCUCCUUCUAGUAGUGAACACGGUCUCUGGGACCAUAAUCCUCACCAUUGUCCUGGCUGGAGUUGGCGUUCUGAUCUGGAGAAGAAGGUCUCAAGCUCCCAAGACUGUGUCUGCCAUGUCCGUUCCAUUUAGAAGCCGCUCGACCCUCAUGUUGGGAUCGCCGGAAGGCCUGCGCGUACAGACCAAGGUUUGUCCAGAAAAAUGGCAAACGGAGCAGGUGCCAGGCGCGUGGAGUGGCGGCAUUGCGUCCUUCCCUGGUUACACGGGGCCUUUCCAGCAGAGCUGGAUAGCCGGACUGGAAUGCUGCCUGCUCACCUCGCCGGACUGGAAUGCUGCCUGCUCACCUCGCCGCUCCCUGACCUCAGAGACAAGGAUCCCUGAUGACACUCUUAUCGAGCUGAGAAGGACCAAACUCAAUCUAGAGACAUUCAGGCUUCAUAAAGAGGGCACCUUUGUGUCUUCUCCCCUGAAGGCGCCCAUCUACCCUGGCAGCAAAGGAGAUGCUAUCCUGGGAAACAGCAGCUGA